AAAUGGUACGGAUUUCGUCCGUUGGCAAAGAAAUUGUGCGACAACUGUGAUAUUUCUCGGUAUUCCUUAUAGUGCAACCAGAGCUGAUGUUUGUGUGUGUUCGCCAACGCAUUUCGAGGGCAUAGUGCGGAGUAGUUCUUUCCUGCGAAAUUUCAAAACAAAUUCACAGCGCGUCUAAUAAUAGUGCAUGGUACCGCACUUUCCUGAUUUGAGUGUGACAGAAAAGUUUCUAAGAAGAACCAGUGUGUUCUUUUCACCAUUCUCAAACAGUUAGUUAGAAUACGCCCAGCAUGAAGCUAGGCUAGACGAAGUGUCAUCAAACGUUAUUAUUCAAAAGUUCGAAUGAAUACGAUCGCAUAGUGCCAACAAAAUAACAAAAUAAUAAUAAAAAAAACCGACGAUGGUGAACGGGGGGGAUAGAAACGCUAUGAUGAGUGGUGUGCUGUUCAGCAAUCAAAUGGCGAUAAAUGGCGACCGGUAUCAUCAGCGUUCGCGAAUGACGAUACCGACGCAACCAACGCCACCGUCGUCGCCGCCGCCGCAGUCAGUAACGGUCGAGCCGUCGGUGGAAGGUCGACGGCAUGUAUCACUUAUCGAUGAUGUCAGCCGGCAGCAGAAUGUGCCACCGGUGCACCAGCAGCAGCUACAGCAGCAGCAGACAAAAGAAAGUGUAGUUAUGCGAAAUAAGGUGAUUGAUCUGGACAAAAAUCGCAUUAAAUGUGGCCGCAAUAAGCUCUGGUCAAGGCCGCUCAGUUUCUCCGGUUUCUUCAAGAAGUCACUGAGCCAAGGAUCGAUUCAGCUGGAGGCAAACCGGGGCGGAGGAGGCGGUGUAGGUGGCCGACAUAGCACGAAUUAUGCUGUCAAUCACGGUGGCUUGUCCGACCCGAAUGGUAACGAACCAUCAGCACGAGGACGUGGUGCAAAGUUUGAUCUCAACAUGAUUCGCAAAUUGGAGGACGAAAUUUACAAGCGCGGUCGGGAGAAACAGCAGUCAGGCGAUGAAUUCAAUGCGGAAGCAAAAGACUUUCAUGAUUUCUAUUUUAGUCAAAAACCCUUCGGUGAAAAGAAGACGUUCUCCAGUGAUACCUCUGCAUUCAAGGGAGACAGCAAAGCGAUGCUACUGGUUGACUCACAGGCACUGGAACCAAUGCUUCUCAAAAGACCACUCAGCACGGACGAUGCACUUUUGCAAAACGGAUCGAGACAGUCGGAGAGCGAAUCAAACUGCCAUGUCGACUCAUCCAACAAAUCGAUCAUCAUCGUAGACAACUCCGAGUUCUAUCCAGUGCUAAUGAGAUACGAUAUUAAUAGCGAACUAGUGAACCGCCAGUUCAGGGAACACGCGCGGAAGCGUAACGAAGAAAAACUAAAAAUAUCCACCCGAAAUGGAACUCCUUCGACUCAGACUACGACGAUGACGCCGAGCGUCGCAAACUCGUCAUUAGGAAAUAAUGCUCCCAGCACCAAGAUGCUACUGUCAACGUCAAAUUUAACAACUGCCGCUAAAGACUCGCAACCACCACCAGCGUCGAAAGCUAAAACGACGCGCAGCGAAUCGGUCGCCUGUUGUGAAACUAAAAACAUAAACAACAAUAAUCACGCUGCACAGCCGAAAAAACUAGUCGUUAGCACACGGCCGCCACCUCCCGCCGGGUCGGGGAGUGGCGAUCGUGCUAAAAAGACCCGCUCGGCCAACCUCUUUCAGCGGUUCCUUCUCCAACGGAGAAGCCUAAAUCUAUCGGUCAGACGUCAUAAACGUCACGAGUGCCAUUUCCGCCCAUCGCCCGUUUAUUCACCCUCCGAGGACAGUAGCUCUCCAUCCGAAAGCAAACCCACGGGAAACAAUAAAUUUAAAUUUGAGUACCUCAAAAAGAUGCAACGAUACGACCCCGAAACUCCGUCCCAGAGUUCCACCCAGGCGAUGUUCCCAACUGGCUGCCGCGCCAGCAGCGAACCGAAUCUUUCCUCUCGAGCCAACUGGAAAAGUGAGCAUUUCCUGCGACACCUUCAAUACACGCACCGUAGCUGGAGCACCGGUGACCUGGACAGUCUCGGUCAGCUGAUGUCAUCGAGCAAAAAUUUCGCCAACAUUUUCGAGAGCACCAGUGACAAUCUGUCACACCUUUCGGCUAUCGUAAUCUCGUCCAGCAGUCAGGGUUCACCGUCGUCCGGUUCGCUGACAUCAUCCUCGUCCCUGUCAUCUGGCUCCCGAAUGCAGUCACUGCUGGAAAACCAUUACCGGCUGCUGCAAAGAAGGGAACGGACGGCCAGCCAGCGCAGCGCCAGCGGUUCGGUACAAAGCAAACCGCCACCGUGCUGUCCCAGCGGCGGCGGCAGCAGCAACGGAGUGACCCCGAAUCAACUGUCCGGUGGUGGUAACUUUCUACGGCGGAAGUCCUCCUCAUUUCGGGGGGUACUCCGGCGGGCCAACACUCCGGAUGUCGUCAAUACGUGGAUCUACAGGAAAAGCUACGAUGGCUCCGGCAGCGGUCUAGGUGAGCCCCCGUACCGGGGGCAUCACGGUAGCCCUCACUCGUCACCGUCGCGGUACUCCUACAACAAUACUGCCAAGACCAGCAUCCAGCACUGGCGGACAUCCAGUGGUGGUGCAGCGGACUUUAAACGAAACUCCAGGCUCCGCAGUUCGACCAGUGCCGUUCCCGGUGGCGGAGCCGGUGGGGGCAGCGGUUCUAGUACCAGCAGCAGCAGCACCGGAUCCAAUAUGGUCGACCUUAACAUACCGCGCGGCCACUCGCCGCACUUCAGUCCCUCGAGGCAAACCACACAAACCGGCGACACGCAGACACUGCAUGUGUAUCUACCGAACCAUGGCUUCCGCAUGAUUCGCUUCGACGAGGCAUCCGAUGUCCGGCAGAUAAUUAAUCUGAUCGUGAAUUCAAUGUCACCAGGCCACAAGACGAAUCCGCAGAGCUACGCGCUCCGUCUGCGACACAUGCUAACCAAAGAGGUGCUCUGGAUGCCACCGGACACGUCCAUGACCCAGGUGAUGGCACACAUUUUCAACCCAUCCUGUAGCAAUGCCGACUGUCCCAACGUGGACAAGAGUACGAUUGCAAAGCGGAUGCAGCAGAAGACCAGUGGAGUUGUCGGCCAUGCCAACAGUGUCUGGAAGGCGGAACUUCGCGUACGCUACAUACCAAAAAGUCUGAAGGAACUGUACGAAAAAGAUCGUACCACGUGUCACUUCUACUUCGAUCAGGUCAAGCAAGAUUACAUUCAGUCCAAUAUACCGAAUAUCGAUCAGGAUAUUGCGAUUCAGUUGUGCUGUCUAGGAAUUAGACAUUACUACAAAGACACGAAUCACUCUUCGAACGAUCGGAAGCACCAUCUUGAGUACAUCGAGAAAGAGAUGGGCUUCAGUAACUUCAUACCCAAAUCUGUGAUAGAUACCAUUAAGCAGAAGAAUCUGAAAAAGCUUAUCCAAGCUGGCUACAAGAAGGUUUACAGUUACACCGAGAUGGAAUAUAUGCUGAAGUUCUUCGACUUGCUGCGAACCCAGUACACCUUCGAUCAGGAACAGUUUAACGUCCAGCUGAGCAGUGGAUGGAAUAUUCGUGUCGAUUUAAUUAUUGGUCCACACGUUGGCAUUUCCUAUUCGGUUAACCCGCAAGCUCCUCCCACUAAGGUAACCGAUUUCGAAAACAUAGAGCGAAUAACAACCAGUGUAGUAUCGUCAUCGCUUACGAAAAGCGACAACCAGGGUGCAAAACAGCCGAGCUCGAAAAAUUCCAAAGACCAACCAGAUCUCACUAGUUCCUGCGGCAGCGGCGGCAGUGGCGAAAAGAAGGACAAGAAAGGUGUCUCCUGUCCAUGUAGCGAAAUAAAGACUCAGCUGAGGAUAAAAGUCAAUGGCAACAGCGAGGAUCUUGCGAUCACAUGUGAUGGUAUUAAGACUUCCGAGAGUAUAGCCGAUCUAGUCGAUGGUUACUGUAGAUUAUUUAAUAAUACUGAUAUUAGCUUAUGGGAUCGAAGCGUCAUACCAAAAACUACCCCCAACAGCAGCGCCACCAAUUCGCUGGAAAAGAGUCAGAACCGAAAGAUGACCGAUUCACAGUCAUCGGAAAAGCAGGACUCCACGCGAUCGAGUAGCGACAAGCUGAAUAAUUCCGUUCAUAAUGAGCUGGAAGCCAGCACCAGUUCCAAUAGUAAACCGACGCUAAGCGAAGACUAUGCCGAGCUGGGCAUCUGCGACGAAGAAGGUGACUACUCUACGCCAGCUGCUCGAAAUUACGAACUAGAUCGCAACCAGAUUACUUUGAACGAAAUCAUCGGCGUGGGACAGUUUGGCGAUGUGCACAUCGGUUCGUGCCGACUGUCGAGCAAAUCGACGCUAGCCAACAAGCUGAACCAAUCACUGACCAGCGAAUUUGAUGAGCUUUCUCUUUCGGGCGCUGGCAACAACGGGGAGAACAAUAACAGUGCCGAGGCACAGCAGAAGGGUGGCACCAUACAGGUGGCGGUAAAGACCUGCAAAGCCGACGCCGAUCUGGCUACGUCGGAGAAGUUCCUAGAGGAAGCAUAUAUAAUGCAAAAAUUCGAGCACCCCCACAUCAUCAAACUGAUCGGGAUCUGCAGCGGCCCACCAAUCUGGAUCGUGAUGGAGCUAGCCAGGCUGGGCGAGCUGCGGGCGUAUCUGAAGAAAAAUGGUUCCAAGUUGAAGCUAGGAACUUUGCUACUGUACUCCUACCAACUGUCUACCGCGCUUAGUUAUCUGGAGUCCAAGAAGUUUGUCCACCGGGAUAUUGCUGCCCGAAAUGUGCUCGUCAGUUCACCAACCUGUAUCAAGCUUGCCGAUUUUGGACUCUCAAGAUGGGUUGAAGAUCAGUCAUACUACACGUCUACCAAAGGAAUGCUACCGAUUAAAUGGAUGGCACCGGAAUCGAUCAACUUCCGGCGGUUCACAACUGCUAGCGAUGUUUGGAUGUUCGGUGUAUGCACAUGGGAAAUUUUGAUGCUUGGAGUGAAACCAUUCCAAGGAAUCAAAAAUUGUGAUGUGAUUGGAAAGUUGGAAAAUGGUGAACGGCUACCGUUACCACCGAAUUGCCCACCCCGGCUUUACUCGUUGAUGUCGCAGUGCUGGUCAUAUGAACCGCACAAGCGACCGAAUUUUAAGAAUGUCAAAGAGGUCCUUUAUGAAAUACUCAUGGAAGAACGUCACAGUGACUGUGAGACAAUGCGACGCGAGAAUCGCCGCGUCGCUGCCAUGUCAUGGGGAGCUGGCGACGAUGUAGCACCCCCGAAACCAGCUCGUGGACCCAUGAUGGGUGCAGGAGAUGGUUCACAGCAGGCUCUUGGUGCUCCGCAAACCUACAUCAUCGCUCGUGAUCCAGCUGUACUGGCAGCUUUGAUGCGCGAGAAUGAGCAGCGUGGGGUAAAUCCAUCGUGCUACACAACACCUGCUUCGGUGCAAGAAACACAGCAGAUUCUGGAAGCCAAACUCCGCAAGCAACAGCAAGAGAGUGAAGUUGAUUCCAAGUGGCUCCAGCAGGAGGAGAAUAAUCUCAAAAAACGGCUCAGUCUGAUCACAUCCGCUGCUGGCAGCGCAUCGUUCGAUCAGCCGCAACAGCAGCAACAAGAGCUCAACAAUGGCAGUGGCUCAUUGUCCGGCAGUUACCAUUCCCAGCAAAGCCCACAUUUUUCUCCGCAAAAUACCAUGUCCGGACCGCAAAGUCUCGGUGAUCACUAUCCGACCACACCAAAUACUUCGGACUCUAGACCACACACACCGGGUUCCACCUCCGGUAUGGUCAAGUCCAAGAGUUCCUCGAUGGAACGCUGCACGACGCCACUGUCGGGCGAUGAAAAGUUUGUAGUCAAAAAGAUGGAGCCGACGCGAACGAUGCCGCUGGAUCGGACCGGUGAUAUCGUGUACAGCGCCACGACCAGUGUGGUGAAGUCGAUAAUGGCACUCAGCCAGGGCGUCGAUAAAUCCCAGGCAGCGGACUACCUGGAUCUGGUGCGCAACGUAGGGAUCGAACUGCGCACGCUGCUUGGUUCUGUCGAUCAAAUUUCCAUUUCAUUCCCAGCGCAGUGUCAUAAGGAAGUAGAAAUGGCACACAAAGUAUUAUCCAAAGAUAUGUUCGAGUUGGUGGCGGCUAUGCGAUUGGCGCAACAAUAUAGCGAAACCACGCUCGAUGCUGAAUAUAGAAAGAGCAUGUUAUCAGCAGCACAUGUGCUCGCAAUGGAUGCCAAAAAUCUGCUAGACGUCGUCGACUCGAUACGCGUGCGCUUCCCUAACUUGGUUCUAACUAAACAGCCAAGCCUUCCGACCAGUCCCAUCCAGAAGCAACAAUCCACAUCGAUAGCAGCCACAUCGGUCUCAUCGGCAAGUAGCAACUGCGUUAGCAAUCCUCCGUCCAGCGGUGGUGGUCCACCGAUAUCCUACCAGCAACAACAGCAGCAGCAGCAACACGUAUUCGACACUCAGUCUACCGCCGAAUGCUACCAGAACCUACAGCCAAAGCAAAUCUUCCACUCCCACAGUUCUCCGCCAACCUCUCUGACGCAUUCUUUCGAAACCGGGCAGACCCAACUGUACUCCAAUCAGCAGAGUGGAAUCUACGACAAUGAAUGUGUCGUCAACCAGACGCCAUGGUCCAACGAUGGUAAACCGAAAAAACCGCUAAUUGCGGUGAAACCUCCGGCUGCGGCGUUGGCUACUCACAAGUUGAAAUCAUCCAAUGCUUUUUCCUCCCUUGGCGGUCAACUUCCGGUGCCCGAUGAAUUGCUAAACGAACCGCUCAAGAUCAUUGAAGACCCAGCUGAAUUGUACUCAAAUACAACCACUGCCAGCUCUACAAGUAACAGUAUGCCCUCUGCGAUAUCCACAAGCAGUAGCUCCGGAGCGAUCAAACUGCCGGAACCCGUUUCCUGCACUAUCGUUCAGGAGAAUCUGCUUGCGAUCAAUAAUCAGAAAGUGAUGGCCAACAAGUUAGGCUAGGCUGGUGCACUAAUAUUAUAUGCUUAAAGAAACACAAUUCUACCCCUACUACCUAUUAUCUAGUGAAAGACAUACGGUAUUGUACUAUUUUUAGGCAAAGAACAGUAACAUUACAAAUUUUACUAUUUUGCUAAGUAAUAUCAUUCAGACGUAUGUGACUAGGAAGCAGUAAAACACGGAGUUUGUAUGACUAAAUCCGGCAUUAUUGUAGAUAAUCAAUGCAAGCAAAUACAAUAACAAAUCAUAAAUUGUUUCAAGUUUAUUUUUGAAAACAAUUGCAGUAUCAACAGCAGCAGUAUUUCAGUGGGAAAUUUCCACCGGCUUCGACUGUUGAAGUGCUAGGCCAAAACGCUUUCGAUGUUUGCUAUUCUCUGUACGUGUGAUGAAGAAGGUAUAUUUUUGCCGCAAGUAGUUUUUACAAUCAUACCGGAAUUGAAAGCUUCCAUGAAGGCAUCAUUCAUGGAACCAAUUACAACUAGCACACAGCACAGCAACAUUUUCCUCCAUCCAAAUUAGGUAAUUGAACUGAAAGCCCAUUUUUUAGACACCACGUCUUGUGCAGCACCCGCCCCCCCUUGUUCCAUAAACAAGCAAAACCUGAUUGAAUGAGUUCAGAUCUCCAAUGAAUUGAAUCAGGGAUAAAUAGUAAAAGUAUACAAGUUUUUUUAUUUGCAGGUAUAGACUGGCUUGCGUAAGUAAAAAUUUCAGAAAUAGUUUAUUCUAUUUUGAAAUGAUUUUAUCUCUAACACCGUACUUUUGAACCAUUUUACCGAUAAUAUUCGUAGCGGAGGAAUUGUAACAACUUUUACCCUAAAACAUUAACAGUUGUAAAUAGAGUAAACAAUAUUUAGCUUGCUUUCUGCUAAUUAUUACUACAAGCAUUAAUCUACUAAUCAAAACAAGAUAGUAACUACUCUGAACAUCAAAAUCAAAUUACUUGACAAACGGUACUGUGCAGUGCUAACCUAUACUAACUAUUAUAAUCGAUAUUCAAUCUGUUACUGCAACUUAUAUAGCGAGGGAAGAAUCUUGAGACAGUUGGCAGAAGGUUAAGGCAUUUUACUGCCGCUUACGUACACCAGCCGUAACUAGCAAAAUGAAUCGCGAAGCAUGUCUAAACCAUCAGUAAUAUUACUAAUCUAUCUACAGACUAAUAAAAUAUGUACCUAAUAAUAAAAAAGGUAGC